AUGCCACGCAAAAUCAAAAAGCUGAUAUGUUCACAAAAAAUUGAAAAUGAAGAAGGCAGCAUAAAAAACAAACCUGAAGAUUCUCUUAACUAUUUUGAUGAUGACGUAAAAAGAGAGCCUUAUGAUGAACAUGAAGUUAAGGCAAAACUAGAUCUACUUAGAUUUAAAUAUCAAAAGAAACCUACAGUAAAAAUUGAAUUUGAAAGUGUUGAAAUACCAAAGGAGGCAAAAAGUUUAUGGGAACCGCCACAAUGGAGACUGUUUUUAGAAAAUUUAAGAACAAUGCGUUUUAAAAACCACGCUCCUGUUGAUUCUAUUGAUUCUAAGGGCUGUCGUUUUACAACGGAUGCACCACCACAAGUGGUAAGGUAUGAAAUACUUAUUUUUCUGAUGUUAUCGAGUCAAACAAAAGAUCAUGUGAACUUCUCUGCCAUGGAAAAGCUUAAAGAGAGGGGCUUGAAUGUUGAGAACAUACUCACAAUAAGUGAUGAAGAGUUGGGUAAAUUAAUUUACCCUGUAGCAUUUUGGAAAAGAAAAGUGAAGUAUAUAAAGAAAACUACACAAACACUAAAAGAUCAGUACAAUAGUGACAUUCCAGAUUCUGUGGAAAAGCUUUGCAAGCUUACAGGAGUGGGUCCUAAAAUGGCACAUAUUUGUAUGAAACUUGCCUGGAACAAAGUAACUGGUAUUGGUGUUGAUACUCAUGUUCAUCGAAUAAGUAACAGAAUUGGAUGGGUCAAAAAAGCAACUGCAACACCAGAAAAAACUAGGAAAGCUCUUGAAUCAUGGCUACCCUUUGAUUUAUGGGUGAGAUCAAUUAUU